AGUCGAAACUAUUAUUGUAACUGUCUGCUGGUAAUUUCGUGGUAACAUAACAUUUAUCUUGAACGAAUUUAUACAGUUUCUGCCUCAAUGCCAAUCAUUUUUUUGCAUUGACGCCUAGCUAGUUGUGGAUUUAAUCUAAUGUCAAUGGUUUACUGUGUCUUGAGUCUGUUAGCUCGCAAGCUAACGUUAGUAGGCCGCAGUCGCUAACUAGCCUAGAUUCUGAAGUUAGCUUGUUUGCUAACGUUAGCCUCUUAGCACUUUCGUUGGUUAACAAGCUGUCACUUUGUAUUCACACGACAGUGCCUGUCAUGUGAACGUUGGGUAUUUACUCAAAGCAAAACGUCAAAAACGGACGGCAUUUGACUCGUUGACUUGAGUCUUACUCCUAUUUUUAUUGUUUUAGGCACCUGACCGGCUUUUUUUUUUGCGAGCUAACUAACAUAUGUUAACACAGGAGAGAAUCAUUGCAAACCAUUAGCAGCAUGUUAACGUUAAUUACCUAGCUAUUUGGCUUCAUAGUAUCAGUCAUCUGACCAUUGCUGCUUAUAGUACUUGUAUACCUGCAUUAUUUGUUGAGGGGAAUGUUUGCUAUGUCCGCUGUAGUUUAGCAAGGGAUUUAAAUAUGCGUUUGAACUAUUAUAUUGGAAAGUACCUAAUGUUAGUUGGUUAACUAGUGUUACCCAUGAAGCUAACGUAAGCUAGUUUGUCAAUUGCCGUUACUUGUAAUCAGCUAGCUAGCUCACUGGUAGAGUGACUUCCAGUUUGCAAUCUAGUUCUAUUAAAGACCAGCGCGAACUCUUCCACAAACUCCAAGAUUCAAUAGACCUGGUUUUUAAUCAGUCUUUGAUCUAUUACAGUUGACAUCUACAAGAAGCCGUGACACCUGCUCCCUUCACCGUACCAUAGGAUGUCCCACAGCCCCGAGAUGAAGGAUGACUCUAUGGAGUGCCCUCUGUGCAUGGAGCCGCUGGAGAUUGACGACGUCAACUUCUUCCCCUGCACCUGUGGCUACCAGAUCUGCCGCUUCUGCUGGCACCGCAUCCGCACAGACGAGAACGGCCUCUGCCCCGCCUGCAGAAAGCCGUACCCGGAGGACCCUGCGGUGUACAAGCCCCUGUCACAGGAGGAGAUCCAGAGGAUAAAGAACGAGAAGAAGCAGAAACAGAACGAGAAGAAGCAGAAGGUGACAGAGAACAGGAAACACCUGGCCAGCGUCCGCGUGGUGCAGAGAAACCUGGUGUUUGUGGUCGGGCUCUCUCAAAGGCUCGCAGAUCCAGAGGUUCUAAAAAGGCCAGAGUAUUUUGGGAAGUUUGGGAAAAUACACAAGGUGGUCAUCAACAACAGCACAUCAUAUGCAGGUUCACAGGGUCCCAGUGCCAGUGCCUAUGUCACCUAUAUCCGCUCUGAAGACGCCCUCAGAGCAAUACAAUGUGUAAACAAUGUAGUGGUGGACGGCAGAACACUCAAGGCUUCUUUAGGUACAACAAAAUACUGCAGUUACUUCCUCAAAAGCAUGCAGUGUCCCAAACCAGACUGUAUGUAUCUACAUGAGCUGGGGGACGAGGCGGCUAGCUUUACUAAAGAGGAGAUGCAGGCUGGGAAACACCAAGAAUACGAGCAAACACUACUCCAGGACCUCUACAAAAUGAACCCAAGCUUUCUACAAACGUCACCGUGUGCAGGGGAAAAGUCCAAAAGCAGAUCUUCAAAUUCUACACACAGACCCAACAAUGGCAAAGAUGGGUGGCCGAUUCUAUCGGGGUACGGUGGCAAACUGGCCAAUGGCCUGUCAGAGGACAGGAAGUCUCCUCCACUGCUAGACUGCUGCCUGGACCCAGAGGGCCUAACCGAUGGGUUAGGACUUGGCCUGGGGCUGGACACCGAGCUGGGGAUGGGGUCUGGUCAGGGUGCUGCCCUGUCCCCCUUCUCCUCUAACUGUGACAGCAACAGUCCCAGCGACAAACCUCCGGAAUCAAUAAGUAUGGUGAAUGGAGAGACAUUACAACAGAUGCCUAACAGUGAGUCCCCCUCCUCUCCUCCGGGGCUGACCAGACCUCCGAGCAGUCUGGUGGUUCCUAUCAGUGUAGUGGACCUCACCGCCCGCUCUCCCUUCGAGGGGGCUGCUGCAGAGUCCCAGUCGCUCUUCUCAGACAACAGUAACUUCAGACAACCCAACCCUAUCCCGUCUGGCCUGCCCCCCUUCCCUAACACACCUAGAGGGGGAUCCGACUGGCCCAUGACCCCUGAACCACAGAGCCUCUUCGCAUCAGACACAAUACCGGUCUCGUCCUCCACAGACUGGCAGGCGGCCUUCGGCUUCGGCUCCUCAUCCAAGACACAACAGCAGGACGACGACCUAGGCUUCGACCCCUUCGACAUCACGAGGAAGGCCCUGGCUGACCUCAUAGAGAAGGAGCUGUCAGUCCAGGACCAGCCCAGUCCGCUGGGGUCCCCCGGCCCCUUCAGCCUCCACCACCCCGGGUCCCACCACGGCCUUCACCUGCCCCCCUCCAACCCCAACCAUUUCCCCAGUAGCCUUGGACCUCCACCCCGACUCUCUCAGCUCCACCACAGGCAAAUCUAUAGUUCCUUUAGUUUCCCUGGUUCCCAGAGUCAGAGUAGUCAUCAUGGUGGAAGUCAGGCUGCCCAGGCCGCCACAGCCUCUCGGCAUCCCUGGAUGGACAUGUCUCCCUCGGCACGCAGCAAUAAUCACCUCUCACACUUGAACCACUCGGCCAACGCUGGAGGGGGACAUGGAAACUUCCUGGACUUGAGCAUGCCUCCUCAGCGCCACAGUACAGGGCUGGGAGGGAUCCCCAUAUCAGAAAGCAGCUGUUCUAUAGAUGGCCUCAAUGUGAAAGAAUGGCAGGCUGGCCUGAGAGCUCUCCUCCCUAACAUUAACAUCAACUUCGGCGGUCUCCCCAACUCCUCCUCUUCCUCCUCCUCCUCAUCGUCCUCCAGUGUGAAUCACAUCGGGCGUCCCAACCACCUGGGGGGGCUAAAUGGGCCAGUGGGGCUAUCACACAGCCUCAGCUGGGACGGUACGGCCAGCUGGAUGGACCCAGCCAUCAUCACAGGUAGCAUCCCAGCCUCGACAGGGAACAGUUCAGACCUUUUCCAAGAGGACCAGAAUCCUCCUCACUGGCUCAAGUCCCUCCAGGCCCUGACAGAGAUGGACGGCCCUGCCCUGCCUAGCUCCUCUCUCCCCCAGCAGCCCCAGAACCAACAGCACCUGUCCCUCCACAGCCACCACCAUGGCCUCCUAGACCAGGCUGCCUCACACCCACACCUCCCCCUCCACCACAGAGCUGGCUCCGGCUGGGCCCCUUACCUUCCCAGCCUGGCCCAACCCACACAGGCCAACCCCAGCCAGUUUCACAGCCCUCCCCCAGGUUUCCAGACAGCCUUCAGACCCCCAGGCCAGAGCGCUACAGAGCUGCUAAACAGUACCACCGCCGGAGACCGACACUAAAGACAGAUUACAGCAGUGUCCCAACCCGAUGCAGAUACAGUGUACACACACCAAUCUGCAGAUUAUCAAAUUAUGAAGAAUUAUUAGCUAACAAAAUAACAAGGCUGCUUUCUUUGUCCUUUAAACUUCUAUCUUUUUGUUCUGUUCUGACGGCCUGUUUGUUCCUUUUUUCUCUCUUUUUUUCUUUCCCCGUGUCACAUGACAUGCAUUGCUAGGUACCCUCCCUUUUGGUCUGCCACCGACCAAGUCAAUGCCUUACUGUGAGCUCCAGUAGUCAGGGGGUGGGGGUUCAGUAGUUGUGAAACGUUUUGAAAACGGAAAGUGUUUCUUAUUGGAUAAAUCCAUGUUGUCCCCGCCGGUUUCACUUAGUUUUCUUUCGUUUGGUGCAUAAUGAAUAUGACCCAGGUGAAUUGUUUGGGAUCAGACACUGCUGUGAGCUCCACUUGAGGUCCGUUCUUUAUGAUCUAGACGAGCACGGAGAACAGGAGCAGUACUAGGUUUGGUGACGCCGACGUGGAUAACUACAAAACGCACAGGAAACCAGAUUAACGUGGGUCAUUUUAAGAAGUUAACUCGUGGUAUGAAAUGGAUGAAAGAAGUGAAGUCACGAUUACUCUUUGAGGAUGAAGCAACCAAAUGAAUGGAAAAUCUGCUCUUAAAGCUUUGCCCUAAAUACCCUCAUCAACCCCACUUUCAACAGAACAGGAGACCUGGAUGAAACUCUACGUUCCCUCGCUGCAGAGAAACCCUGGAGUGGUUCACUUUGGGCAUGUGACAAAAUGCCUCAGUUUAACGGUUUAACAGGUAUGGUUGAGAAUCUUUAGAGAACUAUUGUUGAGGGACUUGUCGUAGUUGGUUCAGAUGACAGGAAGUUCUGCAGACAGAGAUGGGCGGACUAAGACGUUAGGAGGGGUGAGUUGAGGGCACAGGUAGGCUAUACGUGCUACGGUUUCCAUGUUAGACACACGGUCACAAUGGUGACGUUCCAGGCCGACUAGAUUGUAGUCGUGCUGCACUCAAUGCAGCAACCAAUGAUCGACCUUUGAAGUCGGUGUCAGACUGCUAUAUCAUAUGUGGUUAGCUGAGAACUGAUCAGCUAUAGCUGAUUUAACUGGUUAGCUGAGAACACCUAUUCAGGCGUUGUGAGAUCUGGCAGGCGACUGCAAUGUAGUCUGCCUGGAACGCGUCCAACCAAUGACUUGUCUCAUGCAGGUCAUUAAAACCAAUGUUCAUCCCUUUGGGGUCAGGGGUCAUGGUGCCCCGUCCUGUAGUAGAGGGAAGAUUCAGUUGAACCUCUGUAUCAGAGGAAGUAGCACCACCUAACAGGAGGGCUGGCCGACUGGUUAAAGAGUCCACUGUUCCCGGGUCGGAAGAAGAAUAGGUCAAGACUCGCGAUACCAGACCUCGGCACGUUAACUGCUAAUUCUGGUGAAACGGAGCGGUUGGCGUCGAGGCUAGGGGGAAAAAAGUACAGUAUUUAAAAACUGUUGGGAAUAUUACAGGCUAAUACUGGGACAUCCUGAAACCAGGAUUUGGUCUUCUACACAGUGCCACUGUGUGGUACCUCCAGUAGCUAAACCCUUAUCAGGAGAACGACCAGAAAGCAGACAAAACAGAAAUGAAGGGGUUGAUGAAAAGGCUUCCAGGAUAUGCAGGUCAAAACUAAUACUAAUAAGGGUAGCCAAUAGCGUUACAAGUUUACACCUUGUUAGACCCGUGAGGGCUUUCAACGAGGCCUUUACCAUGAAUUAAUGAGAGGCGCUUGAGUGAUUGGGAAAUGGUGUCAAGAUGUUCUGAUAUGUAUCUGUAUAAAACGUCUGAGAAUGGAAAUAAUGCAAUGUGAUAUCGUGAAGUGCUACAAGACAAGCUGACAAACGACGGCUUGCAAUUUAAUCCAAGGAGCUCUCUGCCUUCCUCUGGGCCAAGAGAAUUAAUAACCUCUCCUUCCUUCACAGACCCUUUCUUUUAGUCUUAACUCAUGAUCUCUCCAUCUUUCUCUCUCUUUCGCUCUGUUCAUCCCUCCCUCUUUCUCCUGCUGUCCCCUAUUAAAAACAGUAUUCACCAGAAACAAGAACUGAUCCAGGAGAAACCAACGGUCAGUCAUACUACCGUGGUUUUGAACAUGAUGCUGAGUUAAACACUCAUUGAGGAGCUUAAAGGAAUUGAACUGUCCUCUGCAGGUCUGGAAAAAGAAACCUUAAAUAAAACGGAAAAACCCA